AUGAGCCAGCUGGAACAAAGUCACCAACGUUCCCGGAUGCAUCAGGUUACAGAAGUUUCCCUUCCAGAGGUCAAAGCCAAAACCGAUCACUCUCUGCCCUCUGACAUCAACAAUUUCCCAUUCUCUAUGUUUAUGAGGUCUCACUUCCAGGAAAUGAUCAUGCCAGCCCUUGGGCAACCUCUACAGCAGCCUCUGACUCGACUGAAUGCUGAGCAGAAGCAGAUUGCUCUGCAGCUGAACAAAUUGAUCCUGCGGUUCAUCAAUGACAAGGAACUGGAGAGCUGGCAAGAAGAGGUUCUGGGGAAUUAUAUAGCGAGUCGAGGACUGGGUAGCCCCUCCCUUCGCAAUGAAGUGCUGUGUCAGGUGGCCACACAGGUGUGGAAGAAUCCUGACCUGGAGCAGGGCCAGCGAGGUUGGGUGCUGAUGGCGGUGCUCCUGGGAUCCUUCACACCUUCUCCUGCUCUGGAGAAGCCCCUUCUAAAGUUUGUGUCCGAUUUUGGGCUGGAGGGAUACAAUGGCAUGUGCCAGCAUAAACUCCUGAUGUCCAUGAAGGAGAUGGAAAGCGAUCCAGAAGUGUCCCGGAGCUUUCCUCCUACUCGGCUGGAGUGGACCACCAAUCAGAGGAGAGGCAGGAUGAUGCUGGAUGUCUACACCUAUAAAGAAGAGAGGCUUUCUGCUGAAGUGGAGUCAUGGACAACAGGAGAACAAUAUGCUGGCUGGAUUCUGAGUUCAAGGGGCCUGGAAACAGUUCCCCGUGGCUGGUCUGUAUCCAUGUUCACAGACCAGGUGUGGCAUGACCUACCAGGCUGUGACUUUGUGCUGGAUCUCAUUGGACAAAUAGAAGAAAGCAACUGGCCCUCUGAUUCCACCCCAGAAUAUCCCAUAACCCCAGAAUGGGAUAAAAGCUCCUUCGAACACAAGGCUUCAGAUAGGACAUUCUUGAACAUACCUCCAGCACCAAACAUUAAGGCUCCUUCCUUCCCUCCUCCAUCCCUGCCUCCAGAUUUUGACAGCAGUGCCCACUCAGGGUCAACCACCAGUUCAAGAUCCACGAGAGAGCUUGAUUACUAUGUGGAUGACCUCUUUAGGCCACUGUCCAGGGCUCAUCUGUCGGAUAUGGAGAAUGAGGGAGGUUUGACAGAACGCAUGAAAGGAGGUGGCAAAAUCGGGCCGAAUCAGCAGGCAGGCUUUCCAGGCUACUCAGGGAUGAUGACUGUGCCAGCUUACCCAUCUGUCAUGGGGGGAAUGAUGCCUACAACGAUGCCAGUCAUGUCUGGGCUAGGUGGAAUGGGAGCCAUGCCAGCUAUGGUUAUGCCACAGCCUCAGCCUGUGGUGCCGUCGGUGGAUCCCAACCAAAUGGCAGCACAACAACAAGCCUUCAUCAACCAGCAGGCCUUGCUUCUGGCUCAGCAGAUGACUCUUCAAGCCAUGACAAUUUCCCAGCAGCAGCGAGAGCGACAAGAUCUGCAAAGGGAGAGGUCCCUGGAGUCCUCAAGACCAAGGCGAUCAUCAUCAUGGAAGAGGUCCCCUGAAUUUCCAAGGUCACGGAGAGCUUCGCCACCAAGUUCACCUGAAUUUCCAAGGCCAAGGCGAGCCUCACCAAAGAGGAGGUCACCAGACUCUUCAAGGCCAAGAUAUGCAUCUCCCCAGCGGAGAUCUCCUAAACUGUCAAGAGCAAGGCAAGGGGCACCAAGACAGAGGUCACCGGAGGAAUCAUCAAGGACAAGGCGAACAGCAUCACAGGAGCAUUUUCCUGAAUCUUCAGGGCAAAGACAAAAUUCCAACUUCACUAACAAAGAUGUCUCAGUGCCUGACUUACCCGCGUCUCCACUCAAGCCACCAGCACUGAUCCAGAUUUUUAAAGAAGAACUGUACCCAGACGUGAAGGCAGACUCCCUUUCUAAAGGGAGUUUCCAGAAGAAGGUUGAGUUUUUCCAGAAAAUCGGGCAGCAUGUGGAGACUCCUGUGAAGAAAGAAACUCCCCCUUCCAACAAGUGGAGUCGUCCAAAACCACUGCAACCAGAGGAACAAGAGAGGCCUCAAACAGCAAGCUCAGAACCAAGUUCAGGAUUGACACCUCCUACACAGAAGAAAACUGAACCAACCCACGAGAUACGGAGCAUUGUCCAAACACGUCCACUCCCACCACCAAAACCUGACAAGCCUCUUAGAAAUGUCUCAAAGCCCUUUGUGAAAAAGAAGGAUCCAAAGGAGGAGGCUCUGGCAAAGCUGGGGAUGGUGGGAUUGAGUCCUUCACCGCUCCAGUCAGGACUAUUUGCAGAGUUAUCCAGUGAGCUACCUUCUGCAUCGCCUGAGAGGAACUCUCCUCCUCCACAAGCACCACCUGCCAAGCUGUCCAGCUCCAUCAAGGAAAAACAGCUGCCCCUCAUGAAUCUCUUUGCUCGACCCUCACCCAUCUAUCCUCCAGCUUCAGCUUCUGAGCUUCCUCCCCCCACUGCGCCACUGCUGCCCCCACCUCCACCAUCCUUUCCUUCAGAGAAAACCACCGUGGAAAAAACUAGCUUGAAAGGCUCAGGUAGGACAAUGAUGGACGAUGCCCAUGUGAAAACUCAGCUCAUCAAUCUCUCUCCUAGUGUCGGCUUCUCCUAUGUUAACCCCAGUUGGAAACUCUUCCUCCGCAAAGAGGUUUUUUAUCCCAAGGAAAAUUUCAGUCAUCCUUAUUGCUUGAAUCUGUUAUGUGACCAAAUCAUCAGAGACACAUACUCAGAGUCAUGCGUGCGGAUCUCCAGAGAGGAGAGGCGUAAGAUGAAAGACCUGCUAACGAGCUUCAAGGUAGGCUUGGAUGCCAGCUCCAUUCCAGAAGAUGGAAUAAAGAAGAGGAUUGUGGUGGCUGCUCGGGAUAACUGGGCCAAUUACUUCUCUCGCUUUUUCCCAGUUAAGGGAGAAAAUGGGAGUGAUGUUCAGAUUCUGGGUGUUUCUCACCGAGGCUUGCAGCUGUUGAAGAAAGAGAAAGCAGCCAACUUCAGUCCAGAGCAUCUGAAAAUCCUUUGCAGCUACAGUUACGCAGAUGUGCUGUCCUUAGAAUUGAUGGGCAGGAACACUCUUCAGUUCUCUCUGAAGAGCGAGCAGCUCAUUCUUAUUUCUCCAAAGGCCUGUCAGAUUAAGGUCAUGGUGGAGCUCUUCCUGCGUGAACUGAAACAGGACUCCAACUAUGUGGUUGCUCUGCGCAGCUACAUAACCGAUGACAAGAGCCUCCUAAGCUUCAAGAGAGGUGACUUCAUCCGGCUGAUGCCUAUGGAGGGUCUGGAGCAAGGUUGGCAGUUUGGUUCCAUCGGUGGUCGCUCUGGCCUUUUUCCUUCUGGCUUGGUGCAGGUUGUGGCUGCUCCUGAUUAUCUCAACCUCUGUGUGAAUCGACAGGAAGAGGUCAGGAAGAGCCUAAGAAAGAACAGGAAGGAGAGUAUCAGUAGCAAAGAGAACUCUGCGUCUAGCAUGGUGUCAGAAAUCACAGACACUAGCACAACAACCAACACCCCUGACAUGUGCCACUACACUAUGGCAGAGUUUGCCACAGCGCACUUCCGGGAUGCUCAGCUCAUGCUAGGUUUGAAGGGCAUGAAUAAUGCUGGGCAGAAGAACCCUGCUGUCUUGGUUCAGCAUACAAAGGUACCAAUCCAGGGAUCACUCCUCUUCUACUCUGAUGACGAGAUGAAUGACCUGGCGACAAAAACAUUUCUGACCGUGAUGAGGUUCAUGGGAGACCAGCCAGGCAUCAAGAAACACCAUGAGGUUGACCAUAUCUACGAGAUUCUCCAGCUCUGCAAGGAGAAGAAGAGUCUGCAUGAUGAAGUUUACUGCCAAGUCAUCAAACAGAUUACCAAGAACCCCCGGCAAGACAGUUGCCACCGUGGCUGGCAGCUCCUGAGCCUCCUGACUGGCUACUUCCCACCGUCCAGCACUUUGAUGCCUUAUGUCACCAAGUAUCUGCAGCAGGUCGGUGCGGAUAGUUCCAGCCUCUGGCAAGAAUUAGCCUGGACUUGCCAGAGGAACCUGAGAAAAAUAAUCCAGAAUGGAGGUCGCCGACACUUGCCAUCCCCUAUAGAGAUGGCAGCAUUUCUGAAGGGACAUAUCUCUCGUCGGAUAUUAGUCAACCUACCUGGAGAUCAAAGAUAUUCCAUGAAGAUUAAAACAUUCACACUUGCAGAAGAUCUGUUGAAGGAAAUCACUGAGCUGAUGGGAGUCGUAGAACCAGAGGAGAUUCAGGAGUUUGCUCUCCUUGUCAGCAGAGAUGAUGGUAAGAUGGCACGGCCCUUGCACCACAGGGACUACGUUCAUGACUAUGUAAUAGAGGAUAAUUCGGUGGUGCUGAAUUUCUGCAGGAUGACCUGGAAGAUACCUCUACACUUUGAGAAUGAGAAUUACAUCAACAUUCACUAUAACCAGGUGCUGCAGAAUUAUAUGACAGGGAAGCUACUCUUGCAUGACACGGGUCGGCUGCAGGAGCUGGUGGGUACCUUAGCUGUGUUCCAGCACUGGGCCAAAGGAGCUGCAUCAACCCCUUCCAUGCAAGAGCUGAUCAACUACAUUCCUGCUCCUGUGGCCCACCUCAUCAGCCUGGAGAUCAUUCAAACCUCUGUUUCUUAUCAGCUGCAACAUGGGAAACGCCUUCAGCAACAGGAGGCAAAAAUAAAUUUCAUUGAGCACAUGGUCCAGCUGCCAUUUUUUGACUACAAUAUAUACCCAGUGGAGAGAAUGAGCAUAUCUGGGUUGCCCAUGCCGUGCUUUGUAGGAGUGAACCAGGAGCAAAUCAUUGUAGUGGAUGAGAAAUUCCAGAAGCUGCACUGCCAAAUUCCACUGAGGGAGAUCUGCUACAUGCGAACCUUGCGCUUGCUGGAUGAAUGUGGCUCUCCCGGCCUGGAGGUGAACUAUGGCUCAGUUGAAGAUCCCAAAACAAUUUGGUUCGAACUGAAACAGGCGAAAGAGUUGUACCAUACAAUUGCCAUCAUCAUUGCCAAAGAAGCAAGAGAGUCAGUGGUUUAGAAGCAGCCCAUGGAAGAGCCAAGGAAUGUAUUUUCUUCCCCUACCUCUGAAGUAAUUAAUUCUCCAGUUCCUCUUUAUAUGUACCACAUAUAUCCCAUUUCACCAAGCAGCCUUAAACUUUGGGCCCCUACAAUAGGUGUAGCACCAGUGCUUCCUUUUACAUUACACAUCAUGUAUCCAGUGAAGCUGCACAUCCCUGUCAGCUUUUUGGAGUGACGUGUAUUUGCUGUAAGAAGAACCAGAUUCACAAAAACAGUGUGGGUUCUCACUCCAUGCUUGUACGGAAAAGACUUAGGCUAAUACUCCAUCUACAGGUUGUCAUGGUAUUAGAUAUUUUUCCUGGGAUUUUUUUUGUACUAAGGUACAAGACCUGCCGUGACAGAAGUGAAUCUCUCUUUGAUGUCAGCUUAUUUAAUUAGUGUUUAUAUUUAAACAUGUUUGAAAAAAUUACUAUUUAAUUGUAAUUAAGUAAUAAUAUAAAAGUAUGGUUUGAAUCUUAAAUCAAAUACAAGCAUGUUUCUUCCCAAUGGGAAUAGCAGUAAAAAUGCUCAUUAAGAUGGGCAACCUUUGUGGGGAUUCAGGUAUGACUAAAAUAUACCUCAAGUCAGAGGUAUUUUUAAAAAUAAAAAAUUAAUUAGGGCUCAUAGAAUUUGUAUGUACUUCGAGUAGAUUUUAUCAGAUAACACGCAGCCACUGAAAAGUGUUAUUCAAAAAUAAAUUUCUGCAUA